UAUGAUUCAUAAAUGAUCAACAUCCUGAAAACUAACAUCAAGCAAAAUGUAGUGCUGUUCUUCAAGUACACAGCAUGAGGCGUAAUUGAUAAGCAGCACGUGAGUACAGCGAUAACGGCGUACUUUGGCCGUCUCACCGCCAAUCACGAAGCUGCACAGCCCACAGCGGGGUAAUAUUUGCCAAGACAAUGUCAUGAAGCGAGCUAUCGGAAUCAGUUUGCCGUCUGAUCCAUGUGCAGAUGCAUUUUCUUUCGUUGUCGCCGUCGAAUCAUAAUGUUCUGUUUGGCAUGCAGGGCAUGGGACCAGCAUAGCGUGUAACUCGCAUAGCUUCCGUCGGACUGACUCAAGGUCCAGCCUCCAACUUCUUCUGACCACUCCACUCUUCAAUCUUCAUCAUUGCUGUUUAACCAGCUAUCACUGCUAUUUAUUUUCGCUGUAUAUAUUAUCUACCCACGUUCUCGUGGCCUUCCAUGCUCGCCUCGGAGAUUCAGCAACGGUACGAUAGUCAAGUGUUGGAGGUUGAGAAGGCUUUGUUACCUCCUUCAAGAUGGUGAAAAGAAAAGCACGUGGACCAGUGAAGCUUCCUGCUAAGCAACUUGCAAUUCUUGCGAUAUGUCGAUUUGCAGAGCCGGUGGCCCUAACUUCGGUCUUCCCAUAUUUACCCGAAAUGAUAGAAAGUUUUGGAGUUGAAAAGAAACAUGUUGCUUGGUGGGCUGGAAUGACAUCCGCUGCCUUUUCACUCUCGCAAUGCGUUACAGCUGUCAUCUGGGGACGAGCUUCAGAUAGAUUUGGCCGCAAACCGACGAUUCUGACUGGCCUCACCUUGACCAUGAUCUCGUGCUUAAUCUGGGGGAUGUCUUCCAGUCUACCGAUGGCGAUUGUCGCGAGAUCAUUUGCAGGUGGAUGCAAUGGAAAUGUUGGCAUCAUCCGCACGAUGGUUGCCGAAAUGGUUCCUGAAAAAGAACUUCAACCCAGAGCAUUCUCAAUCAUGCCUCUAGUCUGGACGCUCGGUUCUAUCUUUGGGCCAUCAUUUGGAGGGUUCUUCGCUAAGCCAGCCGAAAACUUGCCCGCAUUGUUUGGAAAAAACAAAUUUCUGACUAGGUUCCCAUUUGCUCUGCCGAACUUGAUCGCCAGCGUCCUGUUCCUCCUUGGAAUUACGACUGGAAUAUUGUUUUUAAAGGAAACUCUCGAGACUAAGAGGCACCAAAAAGACUAUGGUCUUGCGCUUGGAAAGAAGCUCACUGCAGCAGUCAAAGCUUGCUUUCGCUUCAGUAAACCACAUCCCAAACCAUUUCGUCGGGCUUCAGGAACCUGCGACGAAUCAUCAGCCUCCCUUCUCCGUCCAACAUCGUCCGCUGGGUCCGACUCCUCAAGAUACGACUCCUUUACUCCAAAAGAUACCAAACCACCACUCCCCCGUCCCACCCUCGUCGAAGUCUUCACUCGGCAAUCAGUCAUCAAUCUCAUCGCAUACACAUUCCUGGCUCUCCACGCAGUGGCCUACGAUCAACUUCUCCCCAUCUUCCUCCACACUCCCCGCCAAACCCCUGAUUCCACCAAUACACACCUCCCAUUCAAGUUCUCGGGUGGAUUCGGGCUAGGAUCCAGCAGGAUUGGCACCUUGUUCACAGCUUACGGCUUCGUCGGCUGCUUCAUCCAGUUCCUGAUCUUCCCACCAACGGCUCGCAAAUUCGGAGUUUUGAACUGCUUCAAAUGUUGUGCAGUCAGCUUCCCGCUCAUCUGCAUCGCUACACCCUACACAGCACUCAUCCAAAACAGCGCUUUACAGCAAGCCACAAUGUUCGGUAUCAUGAUCAUCAAGUCAUUCGCUGUCAUUUUCGCUUUUCCGUGCUCCAUCAUCCUGCUCACCAACUCCGCUGUUUCACUUAGAAUUCUGGGGACGCUGAACGGAUUCGCUGUUUCGAUCAGUGCAGUUGGUCGAGCUAUCGGACCUGCUCUGGGUGGAGCGGCUUUCACUUGGGGUAUUGAGAGGGGCUAUGUCGUCACGCCGUACUUCAUGCUCGCCAUCAUCUCCUCAAUCGGCGCGAUACCAAUCUGGUAUCUCGUCGAGAUGCCUGGCUUCAGCAAGGCCGAUGACAGCAGCGACACCGAGGAUGAUGAUGACGACGACGAAGAAGCUCUACUCCCAACAGUAGAUGAAGACAUCGCGGGAGAGAUAUUAGAAGGCGAUGAGGUUAUCUUUGAAGAAGACGAUAACCUGACGACGAUAUCUGGACCGUUACUUAGUGGUACUAUGAGGUCGAGGAAAAACUCUGAUGGUGAGAGGAGUCUUGCCGUGCCCAGGAGGGGUACUGGGCUGGAAAGAAGGAUGAGCAGUCCGAUUGGCAUCAGAGGAGGGAGUGUUGGACCUGGAGGUGGGAGACGAUUGAGUAAUGGCUUGGCAGCGAGUAAUAUGGGGGUUGGUACUGGAGGGACGAGCUUCACAUGAGCGGAUGCCAUGAGCAGCAUCUUUGGCAUAUACACGGUGCAUUUGAAUUGCAUGUCUGGUGUUUGUUUAGAUCUAUGGCAUGACAUAUACAAGGAUUGUACUUUAAUGCAUGUGUUUAAUUGCAAGCUACACUUUAUUUGACGUCGCAAGCCCCACUUGCCAUGUUCCAGUUACAAGACGCGUGAGUGCUCUGGCUUCCCCGGAGUCUUCACCGUGUUUCGAGUAACCGAAAAGAUGUAUGUGGUAGAGAGAAGUUCGGAAUCAGGCUCUUUG